AUGUUGCGCUUUACACGUUUUGUUGCUGCUGCUGUGAAGAGCGGCGUUGGCAAAAAAGCCGCUAAGACACCACUGCCUGUGGGGAAUGCUGCGAGUGCCAGACGUGGCGCCCGUGUUGAUGCCAUUCCGUUUAAUGACAAUGUGUCUGUACCUAAGGUAAAUGCCAAAAAGAUGGUACCACCUCCAAGUGUAAGCAACAUUGGCAAAGAAAAGGCUGUUUCUUCCAUGAAGGCGAGGGGAGGUGCCAAAGUUAAUGCGAAACCACUGGCAUCCUUAGGAAAGGUUACGAGUGAGAAGCCAAGUGGCAAGGUAAAGAAGACGCCGUCACCUACGAGGAAACCAACAGAACCUAUUACUGUGGUGGAGACAUCCUCCGGUAGGAAGGGUGGUAACAAGGCUGCGUCUUUGGCACCGAAGUUGAAGAAAACUGUGAAGCAAAUCCACCGUAAGGUCAUGCAAAAAAAUGCUGGCCGUAAGCCCAAGAAGGCGAUGGGUAAGGCGAGUGCUUAA